AUGGAGGAUACCCAGCUCGAGGAAGACUAUGAGGCCGUAACUUACGACUUCCUGGAAAUGAUCUCCAGGCUCUAUCUGGCGCAGCACGGGGCUGACGAUAGCGUAGAUCCACCCACUUUACAUCGCUACAUACAGAUGCAGCUAGCAACCUUAAUGAGCAGCUCUACGGCAAAUCUUCCAGGCAAAAAUAUCCUUUCAACCCGCCUUCGGGAACUUCAAGAACAGAAUUAUAACAAUGAUAACGCCAUGUAUGAUAAGCUUCGCGCACUAUCGCAGCUGAUGCAGGACUUUGCCCAGCAGCGUUCAGAAUAUCUAAAACUUAUUGAAAGUACUAGGCCACUCUACGAAACGCUGCGAAAGAACUAUAAGGCCAAAACUAUCCAAUCUAGGCAGCUGAGAAGUCAAGAUACCGCUACUCAGAAGACUCGUGAGUUACUUAUCGCAUUGAUUAUCCAAGGCAGCUACCAAGGCACAGAAACUGAAAUAGAUGAGUGGCUGGAGCAUCUAGCACAAUAG